UUCUAUGUUAGCAAGGGUCUAUUGCAACCGUUAUCAUCCUCGUUCAAUUUAUAUAGUUUUGGAUCCAAUCUCUCAUGGGGUUGGUGCAGUGUUCUUCAUGGUCGAGAGCACCUUCUUCAACAGGGGUAAUGUUGGCAGAUUAGUUCUGGCGCUAAGGUAAGUGCACUUCAUAUUUCUUGGCUACCAUCUACCCCUAUUUCAAAAACAGUUCUACCCAGUUUUGUUCUGCCAUCAAUGGCGAGGAGUUGUGUAUUCAUUACUUUAGUAACCAAAGGGUGGAAUAUUGAGGAACCCGCCGAUUUUUUCAGCCUUGAAUCCAUUAAGCUUACUGUCUUAGUUCCCCUCCCUAUACAACCUGUUCAAUAAGAGAUAAUUUGGCACUAUGCUUCCUCCAUAAUAAUUACAGUAUAUUCAUCAUACCAUCUUGAAUUUGGGCUAUCACGACUACCAGGGAAUCAAUGACAAGUAUGAGUAGUGGAUUCGAGGCUCUGGAAGAAAGUUUAGUCUUUUGCAAGAGCAACCAAACCUCAAAUAUUUUUUUCUGGCAACUGCUCAGGUGAUUGUUGCCAACUAUCGAAGGGUUGAUAAGUCGAGGGUUGGACAGUGCAGACCUCUGCCCAGUUUGUAAUUUGAAAGGAGAAUCCAUGAACAUGUAUUUUUUUCAAUGUCUGCUUGCUCCUCGACUGUGAGUGUUGGUUGGGUUGUCAAAUUUAAUGUGUCCUUGGGAUAUCCGAUUCAUAACUAGUUUCAUUAACUAGUUAUUAUCUUACUCGGAAACUCUAGAAAGUGUUUAUUUGGUUGUGCAUGUGAACUCUUUAUUGUGGCAGAUUUGGAAGAACAUGUGCACUGUUCACUUUGAGUAUUUUCAGGUUUUGUCCUCAACAUUGGUACACUAUAAAUUAUACAUAUUGCUACUCCCCAUUUCACAUCAUUUAUCAUUUCAGCAAGAUUUAUAUUUUUUUGUUAGUUUUAUGCGAGGUUUGUUGUUUUAUUGUAUUUUAGGUCACCUUGAGUGAAUUUGAUGAUAUUUGAACAAAAAACACAGUAAAGAUGAAAGUUAUGGAGUUCGGGGCGAUUUGAAGAGCAUUUGGACGUGAUUUGAAGAUUUUUACUAGCCUAACAUGGCUUGGAGCAUAGUUGUGUUACGCGGGGUGCUCGGGAAUCGACAACCCGUCGUAAAUGUGAGAGAAAGAAGAAGAAAAAAAAUAUAUUUUGAGGUGAACAUGGUCAUGCCUAGUCUCGGAUUUUUACCUAUUUAAGCUCCAAUUCAAGUUUUCUGAUGGAUAGUUCAGUCCGACUUAACCUAAAACAACAAAAAAUUGAGUUAGAGGGAAGAAAAAAAGGAUUUUUUGGCAGCUCUAUCCCGGAGGAGUCAACUUGGAGCGAUCGAUUAAUACUUCUACUACGAAGAUAAUUUCUUCAUCACUGUUUGUUCCCUCAUCCCUCAUGAACUAAUCCUUAUUGUUGUUUGGAUUAGAUGAACCCUAGCUAUGAUACUCUUUAUUGAUAGAAUAUUUAUGGAAUUUUAUGUUUAUUUAUGUUUAAUUUGUCUUUGAUUUAUUAUUUUAGCAUUCAAUAGUUACACGUCUAUUGCAUGCUUGUCUGUUUUGUGUGAAUGACGAGGAGCGUAUCCCCAUAUAAAUAAUAUAAUUCUCAAAGAUGGAAUAGACUUAGGACUACCAGGAACAUUAUAUAGAGGAGAAAGGCCCUUUGAAUUAGGGUAAAACCUAAUAGGAGAAUUCAAAGAAUGAAUUAAACCUUUAAUUGAUUAGUUCUAUGUCAAAGAGGAUAUCAUAUCUAGAGUUAAUUGAUUGAUAGGGUGCUAAUACACGAGGGGAUUGGGUUAGCACCACUUUGGGAAUUCAUACAGUCAAGGAAAGACAACAUCGAUUCUGACAUUCUGUAUGUUAUUUGAUUAAUUAUUAAUGGAUUAUCUAGGGGGAUUCAAAAUCCGAACACCAUCUUCUCUGCUUGAAUUUUCCUUGAUGUUUUGCGUUUUUUCUUUGUUGAAUUAUUAUAGCUUACUUAGUUAGUUUACUUUAUUAAAAGAAUUUCUACAAGAUCGAUUAAAGAAUAGAAAAUACAACAAAUGACUAGUACUUCAUAGCCUUUGUGAGUUAUGACCUUACUUGCACUAUAUUGCUCGUGCAGACUACAACAGGUACACUUUCAUAGUAGUGGCACUAGAAAAGGCCAUCUUUGGAUUCUCAAUGGCGACAUCAAGUCAAGAGGUGUAAAUUACAUUCUCAAUCCCACACCUCCAAUCAUGCCUUCGAGAAUUUUAAUCAAUAGCACAACAACCCAACCUUAUGUGUUGGAAGGAUGGCAAGAUGCAUUCAAGUGUUAGUUUCAUAGCGAGCGAUAUUCGAAUAUAUACAAUUUGGAUCGGUUGGUAUUGUUAUUAAGCAACUCAAGUAAUAUCCAUGACACUAAGGUAAGAGCUAAUAUGAACGAAUUUUGUAUCCUGUUGUGUUCUCUUCCAACUUAUUGCCUCAGUUUUGUAAGUAAGAUUCAAUGCAGGCCCAUUUGGUGGCUUGUCAAUCCCUAUUCUUGUCGCCAAUGGGAUGCGAUUUUGUUCGUUGGCUUUAUAGCCGAUAACUUUGUAAAUAUUUUCCACUUUUGCUAGUGUUUUUUUUUUUUUGAAAAAUGAAGGAUAAUACCAUUAAUAUGAGUCAUAUGACCAACCAUUAAAAAUAAUUCAUUUAUAUUUUGAACUUUCAACAAAGACAUGAAUGUUUCAAACUAUGGGGUCAAUGUAAUUUAUAUACCUGGAUUUCCUAUUGAUUUUUUGAACUAACAAUUGACCAAUAGAAAUCAAAUCAUGUUUGACCGAUGAAUAUGUGGCGCAAAAUGUCAUCCACAUGUGUGAUAUGUUAUUUCCAUAUGUGAUAAUAUUUAAAGAAAUUUUGUUUGUUAUAAAUACUAAAAUAAAUUAAUCCAUCCCCCAUCCUGUCGUUUUCUCCCCUAAUACGCUCUCGCAUUUGGCAGAUGACAUGGCCACGACAUGGCACUGUGCACAUGUGGCGCGUACUGAAGGCUAGAGCAUAGAGAUGCCUUUAGGAUUCUUCACCUUUAUGAACUUAAUGGUGCAUUUUAUGAGCCACAUUAUGGGUGACACUAUUGGGGGGGGGGGGGGGGGGGGGGGGGGGAGCUUAAUGGGUGUAGUAAUGAGGUUAUUGAUGCCUUGUAUAAGAAUAUGCAUAUAAGGAGUCAUAUUCCUCACUUUUAACUCAUUCCAUCAUUUUUUGGAGUAAACACCUAGAGAGUUCUCCCCACUUGCUUUUUUUUUUCUUUCUCUCUUUCUUUGUGACCUUGUGAGUUUGUGAGAAGGCUGCUUACCAUCUCUAACGGGAUUGAGACCUAAGGACGCAAAACCCAAGAUUAGGGAUGUGACAAGUGGCAUCAGAGCAAAAGUUGGCUUGGUUCUUGUCAAAAAACGAGACAAAGUGAAGAGGAGGAACCUCACCAAAAAUGACGGGGUCAGAAGUUCAUGAUGAAGAUCAUGGUAGAAAUACCUCGAAGGGCUCCAAGCUAAGGAGUGGUGACAAGUCCAGCACUAGUGAUCCCUUGGCGACUCUAGUGAAGCACCUAUUCAGAAUGAAGGCAAAGGUGACCGACGAUGUCACCAUGAUGGAGGAUUUAGGAACUAACUUCACUCAAAUUCAAGGCGAUGUUCAAGGUAUGGAGGCUCGGUUGAUGAGCUUAGAGAUCAACAAUGAAGGGCUUCGCGAAGGCUUGUGACCCUCAUCAAUAACACCAUCUCCACCUCAAUGAACAAUGCCAGUGAAGUAAUGAUUAGACGGUUGAUGUUGAGAUGAACAUAGUGAAGCAAGAGAUUGCAUACAUCAAGAGUGAGGUUACUCUUGUGAAGAGAGCCAUGGCUAAUAGGCCAGCCCCAGUGUAAUCCGUCCCAUGAGCUGAUGUUCCACAAUCGAAGAACUAUGGUUGUUCGAGGAACGCAAGGGAGUUGAAGAACUUCCUUUGGAGUCUUGAGCAGUAUUUCAAGGCAUCCGUCAUCCAAGAGGAUGAGGUAAAACUUCGUACAACUCCACUUUACUUGGUUGAUGUUGCUAUUGUUUGGUGGAGAAGACGUGAAGUAGACUUCGAGAAGGGUACAUUUCUGAUGGCAACAUGGGAUGAUUUCAAGUGAGAAAUCAAGAAGCAGUCCUAUCCAGAGACUGUGAAUUUUAAGGCCCAUUCGAGGUUGAGAAGGCUCGCCCAGAGGGGUGGAGUUAGAGAACACAUGAAGGAAUUCUCGUAACUACUUCUAGAGAUCCCCGACAUCAUCGACAAGGAGGCCAUGCAGGGCUUCCUUGAUGGGCUGCAAUCGUGGGCCAAGAUGGAGAUGCAAUGGCGAGGAGUGUAGGACUUUGCAACUAUAAUGUCCACAGUGGAGUUUUUGUUGAGUACUAGAGGCUCGAGAGCAGCAAAGAGAAGAGUCCAAAGACCAAGGGUCGAGAACAAAGACAUCCUUCCAAGGAGGGAAAUAUCACUCAACAAUAUGGUGGCCCAAUCAAAGGAGGUAAGUUUGAACAAAAGUCAUUACUUGUUUCCUUUGUGAUGGUCUGAUGGACCACAUAGAGUGAGAGAUUGCCCAAGGAAGGCAAGAAUGGCAGCAAUGGAGGCUCAAGAUGAUGAGCCCAAGGCAGCAGAGGCUAAGAUAGGCUUCAUUAGCAAACUUGGCAUCGUCAAGACUGAUGGCAAGGAUAGCAACGUGAGAGAUGCUACGUUCUGGCCCAAUUCAUGCAAAGUGAUUCAAAAAACUUGGUGGAUACUGGAGACACAAACAACUUCCUUGGCAUAGAGGAGGCCAAGUGGCAGGGGAUUACCUACAAGAAAAAGGCAAGGGUACCUCAAGAUGAUCAAUUCAAAGUCAAUCACAAUCCACAGAGUUGCUCGCAAUGUGCCACUAAAGGUCGGAGAAUGGGAAGGCAUCGUCGACUUCACCCGUCACCAUGGAUAAUUACUUUACCAUCCUCGACAUCAACUUCCUCGACAAGGAGUCAAGGAGGGAGUGCUCUUGAAACCCAACUCCAACACCACGUGAUUGGAGAAGGGAGAGAAGUUUCAUGCAGUCCAACUCUUGAGGAAGGAUGAACCUCAUAGUGCUUUGUUUGCCAUGCAGGUUUCGAAGGGGUUCAAAAGGAAGGAGUCAACAUUUUCUUGUGGCCUUGAAGAUGGAGGAAGAAGGAGACUCAAUGGGAACUACAACUCCCAUCACCGAAGGUGUGCUUGAAGAGUUAGAUUAUGUGAUGCCCAAGAAGUUGCGACCAAGGAGAGAGGUGGAUCACAAGAUCGAGUUGGAGCCCGUAGUCAAGCCCUCUUCGCGAGAACCAUAACGCAUGGCCCCACCAUAGUUGGAGGAAUUCCGACGGCAACUUGAACCGGAAUAGCCCAACAAUAUAGGGGAUGGAGCAGCCAUAAAAGUUUACUUCUCCAAUCCAACAGAGGUGUAGGUCCAACAUGAACCCAACAAUAGAGUAGGAGAGAGAGAGAGAGAGAGAGAGAGAGAGAGAGAGAGAGAGGGCCAACCGGUUGAAACAGCCAUCGAGCCCUCUUGCGUCCUUAGUUUCUUUCGAUGGAGGAAGGUAAAAGCAUCAUGGGAAAAAUCGAGAGAGAGAGUAUUUCCGUCAUCCGUUAAUUACUGGGUUGGGUAUUGUGGCUAACUAGGCGGUCAAAUUAUACGACUCAGCUUUCUGACAUCCCAAUCAACAGUUACGUUUGUC